AAAAGGUAGCAGGUGAUUGGGUAAAUGCAGCGAUGACAAGCAGCUACAGAGUCAGGAAACUGUUGAAAUCAGGCAGCUCACCCUAAUUACUUCAGCUGAGCUUACUGCCGCUCAGGGUUGGCUUUUUCACAGCUGAAACCAGAAGUAGCUGUUAUUCAGAUACAUACAUAAAUACAUAUCAUCUUUGCAUAAUGAUGUGUACUCAGUCCUACAUCAGCUGCAAAACUAGUCCAAAUAUGCAAGUUACCAUAGCUCCAUUCCUGCAGGUAAUUAAAGUGCAUAGUGAAGAUGAUACCUGCAGAGCCCUUGAGGUUUCUAGUGAUGUAACAGCCAGGGACGUGUGCCAGCUACUUGUCCUUAAGAAUCAGUGUACCACUGACAACAGCUGGACUCUCUUCGAACAGUACCCUAGCAUUGGUUUGGAGAGAGUGAUAGAGGAUCAUGAACCGAUGAUUGAUGUUCAGUCCAGCUGGGGUAUGGAGACAAACUGCAGGCUCUGUUUUAGAAAGAAUUAUGCCAAAUAUGAGUUCUUUAGAAACCCAUUGCACUUUUUCCCUGAACAUAUGGUGUCUGUUUCAAAUGUAAUGAACGGCAAUGAAUCAGAGUCACAGCUGAUACAGACAUUUCUUAGCUCCAGCUCAUAUCCGGAAGUUCAUGGGUACCUUCAUGUAAAAGAGCAAGGAAAAAAGUCAUGGAAGAAGCUGUACUAUGUUUUGAGAAGAUCGGGAUUAUAUUUCUCUACCAAGGGGACAUCAAAGGAACCAAGGCAUUUGCAAUACUUUUGUGACUUCAGCAACAAUGAUCCUUACAUGUUGGUGUCAGGAAAAAAAAUAUAUGGUGCUCCAACCAACUAUGGAUUUUGCCUUAAGCCUAAUAAAGCUGGAGGAACCAAAGACCUGAAAUUGCUCUGUGCGGACGAUGAACAGAGCAGGACGUGCUGGGUCACAGCCAUAAGACUGUUUAAGCAUGGCAUUCAGCUAUACCAAAACUAUUCAAGGCCUUAUAGCAAUAAAAGUGUGUGCUCAGCACUUACUCCAUCCCCAAAGAGAAGUGUCUCAGAGAAUUCUCUCGUGGCAAUGGACUUCUCAGGACAUGAAGGCAGAGUAAUCGAAAGCUCCGCAGAAGCACUUUCAGUUGCAGUAGAGGAAAGACUAGCAUGGAGGAGAAAAAGCUGCCUUCGUCUAAGUUCACCAAACAGUCCCACAGGUUCACAGUGUCUAACACCUAGUACAGCAAUUCAUAUGUUACAACCGUGGUUUCAUCACAAAAUAUCCAGAGAAGAAGCCCAAAACCUGAUAACACAGCAAGGGAUCAUUGAUGGAGUAUUUUUAUUACGGGAUAGCCAAAGCAAUCCAAAUGCUUUUGUUCUGUCAUUAUGCCAUGGACAGAAGAUAAAGCACUUUCAGAUCAUACCACUGGAAGAAGAUGGAGAAAUAUUCUAUACCUUAGAUGAUGGGAACACAAGAUUUGCUGACCUAAUCCAACUUGUGGAGUUUUACCAGCUGAAUAAAGGUGUAUUACCCUGCAGAUUAAAACACAACUGCAUCAAAAUUGCACUUUAAUUAAAAGACGUUACAAAUGCACAUACUAUGAACACCUACAACAAUGAACAGAUUUUUCAGUGAAAUAUAAAAUACAGAACAAUGAAACACCAUGGAUCAUUUUCAUUCAAAGAAAUAUGGGUCAUUUGGACUGAUGAACCCAAAGCUUUACAAUAAUGUCAUACUAUAACUGAUGACAAGGCCUCCAAUAUGGAUGUGUUUGUACUUUCUAUGUCAUGGCACUACAGGUAGAAACUGUGUGAUACUACACUGUGCAACUCUUAAAAAGUACAUUAUUGAAGACAAAGUACUUAUAGCUAAAAAUUAUAGUAACACUGCAUAAUUACAGAUAUUUGCUGAAAUGGCAUGAAAAUUCUGUUUCUCAUACAGAAAAGAUACAACUUUGGGAAUUAAGUGAUGGGAUUCUACUUUAAAAAUAAACCAUUUCAGUUUUAGGAUUAUUAGAACAAUUAAAAUCACCCAAGAGCUCUUUGGAAAGAAUUGUAUUAUUGUUAAAGUGCCACGUAAUACACCAAAACACUUUAAUAUUACAGCUACUGUAUUUUGCAGCACUCGUGGCUGCUUUGAUUUGUAUAUAUAAUGAAUUUUGCACUAUAUAGGUCCUCAGUAUUACUUUCUCAGCUUUUAUACUUUUCAUAAAUACUACUGUAAUGCUUUUACAGAUGACCAAAAUUGUUGCUAUGAAAAGGUCUGUAAUUCUGCAUGGCAUACAUCUGGUUUGUUUAUACAGUGAUUGCAUUUCACAAGCAGCUGAUUUUCUAAUGGGAAAUGAUUAAUUUCUGCCUCAUAAUAAAGUAAAAUUAUGUAGUAAUCUCUUUCUAAAUAAUAAUAAUACUGAGUUACAUAAAUGUAAUUUCUGAUAAAUAUUUCUCUCAAGUUUCUUCUCUAAAUGAACAGAUAAGAUAAUUAGUGUACACAUUUUGAAAUAUAUCCGGAGAAAAUAUCAAACCAUUUUUCAUGUUUAUACAGAUUUCAUUGCUGUGGCUUCUUCCAAGGUAUCAGCUACAACCCAGUUAACCUUAAGUAACACAUUUUUGCAUUAAAUGUUUCCAUUUAUAUGCAGAUAUGAUUACUGUUACGUAAAAGUUAUAUGAAAACAUGCAUUAAGAAUUAAUAUUAUAGAUUUUAUGUCAACACAUUUGUAUGCACUUUGAAAUAAAGAAAUAGUUUAUACU